CUUUGUGUUGGAGAUUACUAUUUGGGCAGUCUCGAAUCUGUGUCUACGCACCAAAAACUAGCUUUACAGGAAGUGAAAUUUUCAUAGUGUUCACAUGUGGUCAUGUUAUGAAGAAUUUCCGAGUUGGAAUUUGCUGAAAUAUCAUUAAACACUGAAAACACGGACAACUGCCACUAGUUACUUGACUUGUGAUGACAAAUCUCGAAAUCAUGGAGCCUCAGAUUUCUUUUAAGGAAUCCAGCAGUAGUGAUUUGUUAUCGUCUGGUGUAAAGAUGGAACCAAGACCACAUAGUGCUCCUUCAAGGAAAAUUCUCCCGCCAGAAGAAAACCAUUCUGAAAUAGGACGAUCAAGUUCUAGCCCAGUGACUAGGCUGAACAUUCAAAGAUCUGGACCAAUAACUGGACUUGAAGCUGAUGUCGGAAUGCUAAGCACUGGAUCAGAGAAUGAAAAUGACCAGAUGCAUAUAGGAAAUGUAAAUGUAGUAAAACAUGAUUCCCGUCAUCAAAAAGUACUUCUUCCUAAACAUGAUGAGGAAAAGUCAGACUCUCUGAUAAAGAAGAAAGUAAGCAACAAAGUGUUUGAUACAGGGAAAAACUAUGGACAUUCAGUUGGUGGUUUCUCACCUGGUGAUAUAGAGACAAUGUCUGACAUUGAUCUGAUGAAGGAAAGUUGUCUUCAAUUGCCACCCCUACCCUUUGAAAUUAUAAACAAAGAUGACAGACAACUGGAAGAUGAAGAAGGGAUGGAGGUGGAAGAGGAAAUGAAUGUUGAUCAUGUGGAAGAGAUUGAAAAUAUGGAGGAAAGUGUCCUGAAAGGAACUGUGCCUGUAACAAAAUUCAGACCAGGUCGUAUUGUAUAUGGAACCAAAGAAGCCUUGGUUGACAUGGUGCAAGAGAUGGUGGCCCUUCCUGAAGAGGAAAGUGGAAUCUUUGUCAAAGAGUGCCUGUUGUUUUUGAGCUCUGGUGAAGGAACACAAGUUAUUAGAAAGAAAGUAUUGGGACGAGGUUCCUUUGGAAAAGUGAACUUGUAUGUCCAUGAUGAGACAUACUUUGUUAUCAAGCAGAUUACUAAGGAUUUCCAGAGGAAUGAAGUUCUGCUGACAGCCAAGUUGAAUAGUCCCUACUUGGUGGAGUGUCAUGGAUUGGUAGUCCGAAACAAGAUUCCAGAAAUCAUCAUGGAGUAUGGAGGUCAGUCCAUGCUACAGAUGGCAAGACUGAGAAAAUUCCAGGACCGUGAUGUUUGGGAUAUCACAUACCAGGGAUUGUGUGCCUUAGAAUAUCUGGAGGAGCAUCAGAUUUGUCAUCAUGACCUCAAACCGGAAAAUCUACUAUUGAUGGUGGAUAAUGGCCAAUACUUGUUGAAGAUUACUGACUUUGGUGCAGCAAAAUUGAUAGAUGAGAAAAAUGACAUGAUUGGUUGGACUGUGGAGUAUCUGAGUCCAGAACGGGCUUGGGUUGUUCUACUGUCUAAGUGUCCUCAGCAACUUAAACCAACUGGACAGGAAGACCAGGACAUUACAGGAAAAUCUGAUAUAUAUUCCCUGGCAUUGUCAUUGAUGUAUCCUUAUGACAGAUCCCAUGUGCUCAUGAAGCACAUCACAAAUGGAGACAACAUCUACCGUGAUGAUGACAAGCAGCAGGAGUUACAACUCAAUUUGUUGGUCAUGCUGUGUUCUGACUUAAAUCUUGCCUUGAAUCAGAUGCCCAAAUCUGUUAGUACUGACAUGAGGUUUGUUCUGAACAAAAUGCUGCAGGGAGAUGUCAGCAACCGAUGUAAUGCUGCUGAGGCAAAAAACUGGAUGAAUUUUUUGUCCAAUUUGGCAAUUCAACAAAGAGACAAGGGUGUUAGAAUUCAAGAUUCUAGUACACCAUUAGACAUUGAUGCAACCACAACAAAGCCAGUUAAUCAAAAUAAAAAAUUCACAGCAACGAGGAAGUCAGCAGCAAAUGCAAAGAAAUCAUUAUCGCCAGCAGUAGGUACAUCACAACUACAGAGUGGCGAGGAAGUAGGCUGGGUCAGAGACUGUAAAACUGCAACAAGUGAAACCAUGGCUAACCUGCCCUCAGGAUUGAAGACCAGGAUGGUCAAGAGGAAGUUACAAAAUAAAGUAAAACAGGCAACAGAUAAAAAAAUAAAGACAAAUCACAACGGAGAGAAACAGGAUAAUGAAAGCUGUGAUACCAGUGGUGUUCCAGUUCCUCACACGAUUUCGACGGUCCAAGGAUCUGAUGUCAUCGUGAUAGAUGGCGAUUCUGAGGAGGAUCAAGAGCAAGAAAGUCAGCAAAAUGAGGCACCAGAGGUAGAGCCUGGUAAUGGAAACAUCCCUAACUUGGAUAUGAUAAUUUAAUGUGAUAGCUUGCUUGUUCUGUAUACAUGCAUAAUGAUAGACUCUGUCUUCUUGAUGUUGUAAAACCAAUGCCUGUAAAGUAAAACACGGAUAAGUGGAAGUGGAUGGGACCAUAUGAAAUAUUGUAAUUAUCUGAUGGUUUGACAUAACUGUUUUAUAAAUUGAGACAUUUUUCAUCGAAGAUUGACCCUGUUUUUAUCCGUUGUUUACUGGAUACUUGUCUCAUAGCAUGGCAUGGCAGUAAUGAAUAAUAAAUGAAGAAAAUAUAUUUUGUAAUUUUAUACAUUAAUAAUAUCCAGUAACAAACAGUAUGAAUGUAAAAACAAAACAUAAUGUGAAACACUUGUCAAUGAAUUGCAGCAGAGGCCUGUAUACCCACCCACUCUCAUACACAUAAUUUAGUGAACCGAUACCUUAAGUGAUAUACAAAUAUUGUACUUGCAUUUACAUCUUUAAGUAACAAGUCCCAUCAACAAUAUUUUAAAAUAAAACUCAAGAAAUACAUACUCAUGAACAUUUUACAUUGAUAUAAUGUUGAGAGCACUGGGGUGCGUUACAAAAAGGUGGAGGCGGCAGCACUGAAGCAAAACUUUACAAGUACAGCACCAUAACAGCGUAACUGUCAUAAAAUAAACUCACUUUGUACAUGUAUAUCAGUAUAUAUAUCUAAAAUCAUAAAGAAAUAUGUCAAUGACAAACUAGUAUUUUUAUCAGUCUGCUUGGUAGUUAUUGCUUGUUUUUUCCUUUUGGUUGAUCGAAAAUUACAAUAGGGCACCUUAACAUAGGUAUUGCUGUCUGAUCACACUCAGUCAUUUGGACUAAAGUCGGAAAAUUCUCACCUGAGCCGAGGUGACGCCUGAAUGUUCAACACAAAAAUGGGAAUAUAGGUAGAAUUUUGAAGGGUGGACCUCAAAAUAUAUAUGACACAGAUGCAGUACAGGACUCAACAGUGUUUGAAUCAUUCAUGUUUAAUUUACUAAGAUAAAAAAUAUGGGGACCAAACAAAAACAUUUGACUUAUUUGAUUAUGUACAAUACUUUGCUUGAUGUUUAAUAGGAAAAUUGAAAAUUGAUUAAGUAUUUAUCAUUUACAGUCUUAACACAUAUUUCUUUUAUUUCACCCAGGAAGUGCUCUUUGUAUUUAUCAUGUGUUACAAGGUGUUUUAAGUUUUAAUUCUGUGAAUAGUUAAUUUUUUUCUCAUCUUUGUAUUAAAUUUAUGACAAAUAAUGGUAAAUAAGUUGAGCAUACGGUGAGGAAAACAGCUUCAAAAAUUUUGCUGUUGUAUAUGUUAGACUGUCUGUUAUUGAAGGAUCAGUGUGGGAUCUCAAAACAAGAACUUUAAACUGUACUUGGAACUUGUAUACCAUCUCAACCAUUCUAGACAAUUCAAAGUUCUGGUAGAAGUGAUGUUUACAAGGAAUUAAAUGUUUAGAGGAAGAGUUGUAGAUCAUGCUAAUGCAGCAAAAAAUUUCUUUUCAUGCAAUUUAUGAUAUAUAUUUAUAUACAUAUAUGUAUUUCAGUCCUUACAUCGACAUUCCAAUGCUUCUAUUGAUGUUUAGAAAUAAAAGGA